AUGCAACCAAAUGGCCCACUCAACCUCGCCAUCCUCGAUGACUACCAGUGCAUCGCUCCCGCAAAAUUCUCCCACCUGAAACCCCAUCUCACAACCAUAACCUCAUUCGCAGAGACGCUGCAUCUAACGCGCAAUGAAGCCGACAAAGCAGCUCUCAUCAGCCGGCUACAGCCAUAUCAGAUAAUCUCCACAAUGCGCGAACGUACGCCGUUCCCCGCAGAGCUCAUCUCCUCCCUGCCCAAUCUCAAAUACCUUCUCACAACCGGCCACCGCAACCGCUCCAUAGACCUGCGGGCAUGCGCGGAGCGCGGGAUUCUGGUGACGGGAACCACGGGUGUCGGAGCCGGUUCGCACAAUGAGUGUGUCCCCAUGCCAUACGCCCACUCAACGACGGAACAUACCUGGGCGCUGAUCCUGGGGCUGGCGCGGAACAUCGCGCGGGAUGAUGCGGCAGUGAAGAACGGUCGGUGGCAGGGCAGCUUUGCGACGGGGUUGGCGGGGAAGACGCUCGGGGUCCUGGGGCUCGGGGCGCUGGGAGCGGCAACUGCCAAGAGCGGGGCCUUGGCAUUCGGGAUGCGGGUCGUUGCGUGGUCGAGCAACCUGACGCAGGACGCAGCGGAUGAGAAGGCGGCUGGGUUGGGGUUGCCGGCAGGCACCUUUGAGGUUGCUCCGAACAAGCUGGCGUUGUUUCGGGAGGCGGAUGUGCUGAGUGUGCAUUAUGUUCUGUCCGAAAGGAGUGUAGGGAUCGUUGGGGCGGAGGAGUUGGGUGUUAUGAAGCCUACGGCUCUGCUCGUGAAUACGUCGCGGGGUCCGUUGAUUGAUGAGAAAUCGUUGCUGAAGACGUUGGAGGAGGGAAAGAUAAGGGGUGCUGCGUUGGACGUUUUCGAUCUGGAACCUUUGCCUCCUGAUAGUCCGUGGAGAACAACGAGAUGGGGGGUGGAGGGGCGUAGUGAGGUUUUACUUUCACCGCAUAUGGGCUAUGUGGAGGAAGGGGUUAUGCAUCGAUGGUAUGAGGAACAGGCGGAGAAUUUAGAGAAGUGGCUAUGUGGGAAAGAAGUGGAGACCAGAUUAUCGUGA